CAGUUUUUCCCUGGUAUCACAACUUUGCUCAGAUAAUUUUGCAGUUCGUAAAUGAUUAACAUCUGACUCCUGAACUCCACGUCUGAGGCCAUGCCUGUCCUGCUCUCCUAUGUGGCUCCGCGCCCGUCAGCUCACUGUGAGCCUGGGUGCUUUUGGUGGUUGAGCAGGUGAAGGGACCACGAUGUCCGGUGGAGAUCAGGAACCAGGAAGAUACUAUGUGGGUGUGGACGUUGGGACGGGCAGCGUCCGUGCAGCUCUUGUGGACCAGAGGGGCGUCCUUUUGGCUUUCGCAGACCAGCCAAUUAACAAGUGGGAGCCUCAGUUCAGUCACCACGAGCAGUCGUCUGAGGACAUCUGGGCCGCGUGCUGUGUUGUCACAAAGAAAGUGGUGCAAGGGAUCGACGUAAACCAAGUUCGGGGGCUCGGGUUUGACGCCACGUGUUCUCUGGUUGUUUUGGACAAGCAGUUUCAUCCUUUGCCAGUGAACCUUGAAGGGGAUUCCCGUCGAAACAUCAUCAUGUGGCUGGACCACCGGGCGGUCAGUCAGGUCCACAGGAUCAACGAAACCCAGCACAGCGUCCUGCAGUACGUCGGGGGUGUCAUGUCUGUGGAGAUGCAGGCCCCAAAACUUCUGUGGCUAAAAGAGAACCUGAGGGAGACGUGCUGGGAUAAGGCGGGGCAUUUCUUCGAUCUCCCAGACUUCUUGUCGUGGAAGGCAACAGGCGUCACAGCACGGUCUCUGUGCUCCCUCGUGUGCAAAUGGACAUAUUCAGCAGAGAAAGGCUGGGAUGACAGUUUCUGGAAGACGAUCGGUUUAGAAGACUUUGUUGCAGAUAAUUACAGCAAAAUAGGAAACCAAGUGUUGCCUCCUGGAGCUUCUCUUGGAAAUGGGCUCACACCAGAGGCAGCAAAAGACCUUGGCCUUCCUGCUGGAGUUGCAGUGGCAGCCUCACUCAUUGAUGCCCACGCUGGAGGAUUAGGAGUGAUUGGAGCAGAUGUAAGGGGGCACGGCCUCUCCUGUGAGGGACAGCCAGUGACGUCACGGCUGGCUGUCAUCUGUGGAACAUCUUCUUGUCACAUGGGGAUCAGCAGAGAUCCGAUAUUUGUACCAGGAGUCUGGGGCCCUUACUUCUCAGCCAUGGUCCCUGGGUUCUGGCUGAAUGAAGGUGGUCAGAGUGUUACUGGAAAAUUGAUAGACCAUAUGGUACAGGGCCAUGCUGCCUUCCCUGAACUGCAAGCCAAGGCCGCCGCCAGAUGCCAGAGUGUAUAUGCAUAUUUGAACAGUCACCUGGAUCUGAUUAAGAAGGCGCAGCCUGUGGGUUUCCUCACUGUUGAUUUACAUGUUUGGCCAGAUUUCCAUGGCAACCGGUCUCCCCUAGCAGAUCUGACACUAAAGGGCAUGGUCACCGGAUUGAAACUGUCUCAGGACCUCGAUGAUCUUGCCAUUCUCUACCUGGCCACAGUUCAAGCCAUUGCUUUUGGGACCCGCCUCAUUAUCGAGGCCAUGGAGGCCGCAGGGCACUCUGUCAGCACCCUUUUCUUGUGUGGAGGGCUGAGCAAGAAUCCCCUGUUUGUGCAGAUGCAUGCAGACAUCACUGGCAUGCCUGUGAUCCUGUCCCGAGAGGUCGAGUCCGUGCUCGUGGGUGCUGCUAUUCUGGGUGCCUGCGCGUCGGGGGACUUCGCUUCUGUGCAGAUUUAUAUUUACUUAUUUCAUCUCCACCCGCCACUUUCCAAAUACCUUUGAAGCCUCUAUCACUAAGAGACACAAAUGAAAACGUUAGUAAAAGAGGAAUUAAAUGGGAACAUAAGGAAGAAAGAUACGGGAAGAAGGAAACAACUUCGUGGCUGGAUUGAGGACACAAUUUGACUCUCAGCUUCCUGGCAGCCAAGACAAAAAAGAACACAUGAUAAGUUGCAUAAUUAUUUUCAAAAAGAGGAAACGUGUUCAUUUCUAGUGGGAGACAAAGCUUUUCCUACCAACAAAUUGCAAAAGACAUUUCACACGUGAGUUUUAUGGAGACUUUGAGUAUUAUAAUAAUAUUAACAGCAGUUUUACAAAAAGGUAGAAAACCAGUCCAGGUGGAGGCUGAGAGCACGGGCUCUGGAGUCGGACGCCUGGGCCCAGAUCCGAGCUUGACGGCCUCCUCCUCUGGGACCUGACCAUUCUGUUCUCCACUCCAUUUCUCUAUCUGCAGUAAUAAUCAAUAGCACAUGAUAAGUUCUUUCUCCGGAUCAAGAAUGCACCUUUAGCCCUACAUCAGCUUUGUUAAUUCCAUAUCAUAGUGGGGGGAGCUGAGGGAUUAAAGAAGGUAAAUAAUUUGGUUUAAGUUGAAACUGCUAGUAUAUGCCAGAACCAAGAAGUCUGGCUCCCAAGUCUUAACUGAGAGUUCAAGAAUAUUUGGUCAACUGAGUAUCAGAGAGCCUAAAUGACUUGCCCAGGGUCUCGAGGUCAGCGCUAGGAGCAAGGUUUUCCACAGUGGUCCGGUAAUUAGAGCCUGUUUAUCGUGACCCUCUUAUGGACCAAGAACUACGCUAGGGGCUUUGCGUGUAACCUUCCUGAUACCUGUAACAACUACGUUGGCCACAGAGAUCCAGAAAGAUCCCAGAACUGGAGCGUACCCUAAUAGAAAUAGACACGUGUGAAAGUCUGACCGCAGUGUCUGCACCACGUCCUGGGAAGUGAGGUACGUGACAGCCUGUCCAAGCCUCUGGAAUUGAUGCCUGUGCAAUGUCUCUCUCAGAGAGCUGAGUCCUCUUACGGAUGCUUGUGGAUUUUAACUGAAGCGUUUAAACAAAGAUGGUAGAGUUGAAUUCUCAACUUUUGCUGGAUUUUCUCGUACUCUUUCAGAAACAUCACAGGAAGAUACGUAUUUAUUGUUGAAAUGUCAAUGACUUGUCAAUUAUUAUUUUAAUGUAUCAACCUAUGAAGAUUUCUCACAACUAGAUGCCUUGCCCUUCCUGGGACAAAUCGUAAUUGCUGAAACAGAGCCGUAAAUAUGCUCGCCGCGGCCCUGCGUAGGUUACCUCACGUGACGGAUUGAAUGUUUGUGUCCCCUCAAACUUCAUACAUUGGAUCCCUAACGCCACCAGGUAAUGGUGUUUGGAGUCGUGGCCUUUGGAGGUAAUUCGAGUUAGAUGAGGACAUGAAGGGGGACCUUUAUGAUGAGAUUAGCGCCCUUAUAGGAAGAGACACCGGAGAGCUUGCACUUUCU